CCACCACACUCUCACAUGUACACAUAUACACACAGAAGCUAUGAAUAACGAACAUACACCUCAUCCAACAUCGAAACAGAAAAGAAGUGUAAAUAUAUAUUUCCCCUAAACUCUGUAAGCAUGUGUGUCGCGGCCAUGAGAACCGGCGACUCUGCGAUCUGGUUAGAUGCCAUACCCGCAAAUGGUUCCAUAGUCAACAUCACUUAAACAGGACAGAAGUUAUCUGAAUUUGGACCAUCAGUCAGCACCCAGCAGGACUCCAUUGCCAAUUCUUAGAUAGGCUAUAAACUGCUUUUGUGUUAUGAUAAGACGCAAGGAAUUUGAAUAGUUUUGGGCACAUGUCGGCGAAGUUACGAGAGAUGUUGUGCAGAACUGCCUUGCAAUUAAGGCUCAGAACUGGAGAGUAACGGGGAUGUGGUCACCUCUUUGGCUAGAAUGGAAAGCAAACACAAGAAAAAGGGUGAUGCCGCAGUGGGCGCUGGCAGUAGCAAUAGUUCUGUUUCUGUCACCAGUACACACACUUCUGUUGACUCACGUACUUCAACAGUCUGUUCUUCAUCUCUCACCUGCUCAACAGUCACAAGUAAGAAGGAAUUUCUGGAUGGGAGACUUACACAAACCGGGGCUCAGGACACCUCUCGAAAUAAUAUUGACCAAGAGGGAAACAGAGGUAAUGUCAGGUUAGAAAGAACGGCAGGCGAUGGGACGCAAGUAGGAAUCAGUGACUCAGGACGAGCGAAAAGCGAAGUUAAAGAUGUCAGUAAUCGAGGUACACACGCUUACCCUGGCGAAUCACCACUUAGGAAAUCCACUUCCCCCUCAGGGAUGCCUUCGCCUGAGAGCGUGUUACGGAGGGGCCAGCAUGGAGAACCUGGUAUCCAGACUCCCUUUUCCCCGCUCCGGUGUGAAGGACAGACGAACACUGGUGAAAGGAUUGGUGCAACUAAGACGAGUACUGCUCCCGGUGAUAUGGGCAAAUUAUCUAGUCAGUAUGCAGCACGACAGAAACAAAAAUCCAAUGGCUUUCUAAAUAUAUUCAAAUGGUUUAGAAAUCGAGACAAGAGAAGGUUUGGUUCUGUUGACAAGAUUAGCAUUAACAGCAGUGAAAGUCUCAGUAGCUUAACCAGUGCGACAAGUAGUUUUGCUUACAUACCAAUUAUGAGAAGCAAAAGUGCUGGUAACCAGAAGGAAAUUUUAACCCCUUGCAGUAUCCAAUCUCAGGCUGUUACUUCACGCAAAUAUAAACUUUUUUCCAAAGAAUCUUCUCUGAGCAGAUUAAAAUCAGACUCCAAAAGAAACAGUCGAGUCUCUGCCAUAAGUGGUUCGUCAGUCGAUUCAUCCGUGAGAGAAGGCUCGUCAAGACCAUCAUCUAUGCGAAAGAAGAGGCCAGCCCCCCAGCCUCCCGGAUCCCCUAAGUCAAGUGAAUCAGGGUCACUUAAAAGCUACACCAGUUUACCUUCCAGGGACCUCAUACCAGUUACUGGUUCUACGGCAGAGGUUCCGGAAGGGAGAAGGCUACAGAAAUCAAAAAGUGAAGGGCUAAUUUGCAGGAAAACCAAAAGAAGAGCUCCACCUCCACCAGUGCAAGCAGUCGCUCAGAGAUUUCAAGAAGAGAAUCAGAAUAAAAGAGCAGAAUCUGAGAAAGGAGCGAAACUCCACUCUGCUGACGGGUCUAGCUCAGGUGAUCGACCAACAGAUAGUGUUUCUAGUACCAGUUCAUUGUCUCAGUCCUUAUCAUCCAUUUCCACACUUCAGUCCCACAGCAGCAGUGCGAAUUCUGCUCUCCACAGCACCGUAAGAUCUACAUCAAGCUCGUGUGUCUCUGAUGACAGUAAAUCCACUCUCACACCUCGUCCUUGGUAUAAGAGGAAAAAGAAGGAAAAUGACAGUAAAGAUCCUAAGACCUCGAUGAAAAAGGAAAAAGUCUAUGAUACCUGGAUGCCUGAAAUCCAGUUUUCACGGAAACUAAACCUUACAGGAACUUUUCAGAAAAACAAAAAUAAAAAUGAUGCCAAAGAAUCUCCCACAAAAACAAAAGAAGAAGAAAAGAAAGAAAAGAGGCAGUCACAAGUCUCUCUGUUAGCAAGCAUAAGUGAGCUGGACAGAGCUGCUUCAGAACAAAUGCAACGAGAAUUAGAGGAAAAGAGGGCACAGAAAGCUGAUUACGAUAGUAAGUUUUAUAAAGCAAGUGAACCACGUAUUCUAACACAAAGGGAUUUCUUGCCCAGACAACAAGAACAUUCUGGUUCAACUGGGCAAGAAGAACCUGGACCUUCAAGGUUAUGGUAUAUGGGAAGAAAUGAAAACCAAGACAACUACCAUAAAAAUGAACAAGUUGGUACUCUACCCGAGAGCUACUCCAAGCAGUCUACGCUCAGAGUGGAGAGAAUUAAUGGUAAUCAUUCCUUAGACGACAACUGCAGUGGGAACGACUUAUUCCCUCUUGAUUUAGAAAGUCUGCGAAAUUCUCUGGAAUGUGAUAGCUUACCUGAUUUAUUUACAGGCAGUCCAGAGCCACCUAGUUCACCUGGUCGAGCACGGGAAUCACCCUUGCAGAGAGCUGUCAUUGAUGCUGAGUUAUUCUAUCAGCUUGCCAAAGACUCAAGAACCUCUGUUGAUGUUAAGCCUAAAAACUCGCCAAAUGCUUUACGUCGAAUGGAAAACAGGAAGCAGACAAGGACCGAGGAGAGUGAAGAAGAAAACACUGGGCUAGACUUGUCCGAUGUGUUUGGUCCUUUUCGCAGACAGAGUAAGAAUUUUGGACUCAGAAUGAAUAAUUUCUUUUCCCCUGAUGUCUCUACUAUUCUGGAAACAUCUGAAUCUAUGACAUCGACUGCAACAACACCAGGGGAUGAAAUAUAUGAGGAUGUGUCCAUGCCAAUGUCAGUUAUUGGGAGAAGAAAACCUGAAUCAAUACAUGAAGAGGCGAUCAGUGAAGCAAAUUAUGAAUUCCGGUUGAAUUCCUCCGAUGCCAGAGAGAUCAUACAGGAGAUUGCAGAAGUGCGAGAAGAAAUUGAAAACAUCAGGAAACAGGAAGAAGAAGAAGCUAUAAGAUAUUCAGAUAAGAGGAAAGCAAACAAGAUAAAAGCAGAAUUAUCAUUUUUCAGAGACAGAGAGUGUUUUGAUUUCUGGCAGGGCAAAGCAACCGCCAGUAACGUUCCGCCAAUGCCCAUUGAAAUUAAUGAAAACAAUGAACGCAAAUUAAAGUGGGUCUGUGAAACCUGCACACUAAUAAAUCUUCCAUGGAGACUACAGUGUGAGGCUUGCAUGAAGAGAAGACCAUCAAAUCCAAAACGAGUCGAUGAAGAUGGAAACUCAGUGUCAUCGGAGCAUCUGAGUUCCCCUCACACAGGCUCAAGUGAGAGUCCAGUAACAGUGAUUCACGAUGAUGGUGUGAACAUAAGGACAGCAAAUAUCACCGGAGAAGCUGGAUGCAUUGAGGGAUUAUCACCUACUAGAGACCAGGAUCCUACAGGGAAAAACAGAAAGGACAUCAAUUGGGAAGUAGAGCUACAGAAAUAUUUCAGAACUUUUGAUGAACAUGUAAGGAACCAGAAUGACACAACAGAUGAAGGUGAAUAUCGUUCAGUUUCAGAAGAUGUAAAUCUACCACAAGCAGAGGCAUCAUAUAGUAAAAUUUCAAAAAAUGGUAAAAGCACCCAGAAUGCUUUUUCUGCCUCAGGCUCAGCGGAAAAGCAUCAGGGUGCAAAACCAAAGACAAAGAAAUUUGGAAGUGCUUUCACCGAAGAGGAGAUAAGGGCGUCCUAUGAAUUGUUUAACAUGAAAGUAAAUGCUAGUGGACAUGCUUUAAAGGAUUUAGAUAUAGAUGAAGUUAGAAAAUUAAGACUCGCUAAAUUUCAAGAAGGAAGCGCGUCUGUACCAGUGACCAACGAGGCAAAUAUCACUGAUCAGGAAGUUAAAAAAAACACCAAAGAAAAAAAGAAGACCAAGAAUAAAACUAAACACAAAAAUACUGAGGAAGAAGGGUGUAGCUCAAAAAACAAUGAUCAGAAUGUUGCCCAAAAUUCCCAAGAAAGUCCAAGAAGCGAGGAGAAAAGCAAGACACCGGAGGAAGCGGACAAAACCUUCUAUGCCAAAAGCUACACCAAACCUCAGGUACUGAAACCUAGCGGUGCCGUUAGGAGUGCGAUUAGUGUUUUCAAUCAGAUGGACCAGAUAUACCAAAUAAGCAAAGAAAAGCCAAAAGUUACUCGCAGAAGAUCAUUUGGAAACGUCAGCGGUAGGGCGCAGUUAUUCGAAAGUCUCAACUCGGGAAGCAACAGCCCAGAACUCCCGAGGUCGCAGAAGAUGAUGAAGGAAGUUCCUAAACCUUAUCAGAAAGUAGAAAUAUUGAAAGACAAGGACAUUGUUUCUGCCAUUGCGAAAUUUGACGAAAUGGCAGCCAUGGCGGAAAUAGAGAAAAUAGAUAAGCAGAGAGUGAAGUAUGAAACCCCCAAGAAAAAGCCAUGGGUUCCAAGUGUAUUCUCAGUAACUACCACAAAAACAUCGACCUCUGUAACGAACACGACAUCCAAUACAAAUUUCCAAAACACCACAGUCCAGACUAAUAAUACAAAGUGUAGUGUAGCUUCCUCGAGCAAUCUUGAAAAUACAGUUUCAGAAAGUUCAGACGCUCUAAUCAAAGGAGGAAUUCUUUUCACUGAACAAAGGAAGCGGUCAAUGUCCAUAGGUUCAGGAACUUUUGAACUAAUUGAAGCCAAAGAUUUUGAGAAUAUUGAAGCUCAGCACAGUGAAUCCUUAUUAUCUGCAGCCAGUGGCAUAUCAGAACUCCCUAGUGCCUCGGCUGAUACUAGCGCCACCAAUGGGCCCACAACAGUCUUAAAUCCCAUAGCAGAACAAACCUCCCAUUCUAAUACAGUAGCUUUAGUCCCCAAAUCAGAAAGCGUGGGUGAAUGGAAGAGAGAUAUAGAGAAUAAAGAAUUGGAGAGACUGAGUCAUCAGCUUACAGGCCCAGACGGCAUUGCUACCUUCAAAGCCAAUUUGAAGGUCGAAGAGCAAUCCCUGGGCCACACCAACACCCUGAACAUCAACCGCCUCCUGAAGAAACUCGAAACGGCCAUCUCCCGGGGCGACCACGCCAAGGCAGCCCAACUCGCGCACGAACUCGCCGAGCUCAAAAUAUCCUGCUCCGUAAUACGCAACAAGAGGAAUACAAGUAAUGAGAGCACAGUCAGUCAAGAUGACGCGUCCGUCGUGUCGUUUAAGACAACCCAGUCUACUGUCAGGCCGAAUACUCUGGCAUUUGAAGAGCGAAAUGCGCUUUCCGUACUUCAUCCGAACGCCGAGUCUAUUGAGGCUACGACGCCGUCCAACGUGUCCGAAUGCUUCUACGAUGCUUCGGAGCGCUUCGAGAACGAGAACAUCGAUUCGAAUGAUUAUAUAUAUGAAUAUGAGAAUGAUGACUUCGUAUCUCAAGUGGACGCACCGUCAGCUUUCCUUCCCGACGUGAGGAAGGGAGAUAACAAACCAUCGGAAGUUGUAAAUAAGGAAAAGACAUCGCCAGUAUCAGCUCCCCCGUCGACGCCAGCCCAGGUCGAAGCCGCGUCGAAUGCGAGUCCGACGCCCAGCCGGAGGGAAGUCCGCGUCGACCCUGCGAGGAGAGAAGUCAAGUCGGACAACAUCAGCAAACUGACUGAUGAAUCGUCUGUUGAAGUCAAGGAUGUCAGAAAUGCACCUUUGCCUUUCACGGUGAAGAUGUACGUUGAGGACAAAAACAGCCACCAAGGACCCAUUUCCGUCACUGUUGUAUCCACAAUGACAGUUGGCGAACUAAGAGAGAAGGUUUACCAGAACUUCGGGUUCCCACCUCACGUGCAGCGCUGGAUCUUAGGUAAGCGCCUCGCAGACGACGACUCAUGCACUCUCGACCAGCACAAAGUCACGUCGGAAGGUUGUCCAAUCUUCCUCUACCUCGUGGCACCUCAAGCGGACACUCAGGAGAGGAACCAGCAGCCUCAGCGGAAAACGGAAUACGCCUACGUCGAUGCUCCUGCGAAGCCCGUUCCUCCUUCUCCUGCUAGAAGUUUUAGAGAAGAAUGCAGUGAGGUUAUUUACGAGAAUCUAUGUUCGGAGAGGGAGGAAUACGAGCCUAUGGGCAGAAGCGAAGCCGCGGGGCCGAAGCCUGUGUCACAGCUCCGGCAAAUGCAGGAAGUCAAAUACGCUCCCGUGCCCCAAAAGGUUGAAAUCCGUUCGAAUGUCAAUGGAGUGGCUAGUUCGAAUGCCGGGUCAGCAAAUUCGUCCAGUAGUGGUAUAUAUCAGAAGCAAAACGUCCAAUAUGGGAAGGUUAAUCCGCCUACGAAGAAGAUUGAGGAGACGGUAUUGCAGCCAGUGCCAGCGAAAGGAACGAAGAGAGAAACAACGGAAAUGACCAUACAGCUGCAGGCCCCACAACAACAGCUACAACAACAGCAGCAGCAACAGCGACAACAGCAACAGGAACAGCAAAGACAACAACAACAGGAACAACAGCGACAGCAGCAGCAACGACAACAGCAGCAACAACAAGAACAACAACGACAACUACAACAGCAACAACAACAGCAAUUACUACUAAAACAACAACAGGAACAACAACUAUUACUACAAAGACAACAGCAACAACAACAGCAGCAGUACCGACAACAACCACAACAACAACACCAUCAACACCAACCACAACAACAGCCGACAGCUAAGCAAGAACCGUCCGCAUUAAACCCGCCACUACAACUCCCAGCACAAAAAACGGAAAAAUCACAAGACAGAUCGGAGCCGCUGCCGAACACAAAACCGCCCCAGCAGAAAGCAACACAGCCACAGCAAGUACAGCAACCGACGCCGAUCGUUGCCUCUGCCACCCAACCCCCCGGCGGCACAGCAGAAACGGUCGACAUCAGCAAGCAGCAAGCAAAAGCAGACAGCAGCGUACCAAAGAAGAAGAAUUCAGCGCAGAAGGGCUCCUCCCCGAAGCAGAAGCAGAAACGAGCGCAGCAACCUGAAAAAUCACAACCAACCAAAUCCAAGGAACAGCAUUUAGCACCAGCACCCUCACUGACGCAACUACAAGCACCCUCACAGACGCAACCACAAGCACCCUCGCAGACGCAACCACAAGCACCCUCGCAGACGCAACUACAAGCACCCUCACUGACGCAACCACAAGCACCCUCACAGACGCAACCACAAGCACGCUCACAGACGCAACCACAAGCACGCUCACAGACGCAACCACAAGCACCCUCACAGACCCAAACACAAGCACCAGCCCAAGCACAAGCUCUGGAGACCCCCAAGGCUGGCGCGCCGACGGGAGAGGACAGCGUAGGAGACGCCAGAACACUCACGGCGAAAGUGCACGGCUGGAUGUGCCCGACCUGUACUCUCGUCAAUCGGUGGGAGCGCCCUGGGUGUGAGGCGUGUGCAACCGAGAGACCGGGAUCGGAGCCCCUAGGCAAAGGGGCUGCGGCGGAAAAGGGCUCGGGCUUAGGUGCCGUUGUGUCAGCUCUAGAACGCCAGGGUUACGUGCCUAACCGAGAGCCUUUUGAAUGCCGGAUCUGUUUCCUUGACUUCGACGUGGGAGAAGGAACCGUUCUGAGGGACUGUCUUCACACCUUCUGUCGGGAAUGUUUAGCCAACGCCAUUAAAUACUCUGACACAGCCAUGGUUAAGUGUCCAUACCGGGACGACCAGUAUUCCUGUGAUUCUUCUCUGCAGGACAGAGAAAUUAAAGCUCUGGUGACACCUCAAGAAUACGAAAAACACUUAGCGAAGUCGGUAAAACAGGCCGAGGGAGCGAUGGAGAAUGUUUACCACUGCAAGACGCCCGAUUGUCCUGGUUUCUGUCAGUACGAAGAUAACGUUAACAUCUUCCAUUGCGAAGUCUGCAAGAAAGUCAAUUGUCUCACGUGUCAGGCUCAGCAUCCUGGCGUCAGCUGUAAGGAAUAUCAGGACGAUUUAGCGAAUAAGGUGGACGAGGCAGCCAUGAAGACGAAGAAAUUCUUUGAUGAUAUGAUCCGGCGCGGAGAUGGCUUGCCGUGUCCGAAAUGCUCCGUGAUGCUGGUGCGGAAAUGGGGCUGCGACUGGAUGCGGUGUCCGAUGUGUCGCACGGAGAUCUGCUGGGUUACGCGCGGUCCCAGAUGGGGUCCGGGGGGCCCUGGUGAUGUUUCAGGGGGCUGCAAGUGCGGCAUUCGAGGCCAAAAGUGCCACCCGAAGUGCACUUACUGCCAUUAGUAUUACGUCAUCAGUUUUUCCUCUCCCACUCUUUUUUUUAUCGCUUUUUGUAUUGCUUCCUUGAAGGAGCACACUAUAUAUGUAUACAUAAAAAUGCUUAAGUAUUUCCUAGUUUGUUGUUACUAACCAAAGUAAUAACAGAUCGCCUUUUCUGUUGAUAUGAAUUUUGUAGAGAUGUUAUUUUCACCAACAAACAGGCGACGAUUUGCGGCCGCGAUUUCUCACACAGAGAUUUUUCCUUUUUUUUCCAGGCCGCUCGCUGCCUCUGUCUAACCUUUUGUAUUUUAUUUAUUUAUUUUGGCCUCAGAGCCCUUUUUUGUAUAAAGCAACAAAUAACUUUAGAAUUCGCUAGGUAUUAAACAAAGAAUUUGUGAUUGGUCGCGCCUAGGUGUGAGUGCGAAGAAUCAGUCAGAAAUAUGUGACAAUAUUAAUUUUGUGGGCGUGUGAUUACUUACUUAUAUAUUUAGUACAUGCAUAUCAGAAUGCAUACUUUAACACACAAACACACACACACAUAU